CGCAAAAUAUGCGAAAUUAUUGUUUUUUUUUUAUUACGAGUAAUCUUACCGGAAGUAUAGGGUUUGCUUGACAACAUCCGUCCCCUCAGUUUGCAAAUGGCGUUCGAACAGCGGAGGGCGUCGCUCCGCUGCCUUGCCUUCAGGAAUGUACCACAGAGCAACUGAAAGAAGGCUUGCUAUUCGUGUGUGUAAGACAUUCCCGCGGCUCGAACAACGUUGGGAUGGACAGCCGGGUCAAGCUACGUUUCCCAGGAGACGAGGACUACCCCGUGGCUCAUGGUUUGAAUAACGGUAGGAUGGACAACCGGGCCAAGUUCUUUUUCAUAGGAGACAAGACGGUGCUGGCCUUCCAUGCGUCAUCACCGGGCCAAGCGUCAGUGCAACACGGUGACCUACUGCUCGAGUCGGGUCGCCAAGCGCCAGCAUCUGUCCAAAGAAUCCCGCCCUGUACACGUCCGUGGGCCCGUUGGCCGGAGUAUCCUGGUCGGAGAGCGCCCAUUGUGAGCACUGGAACACCUCGAUCAAGUUCUGGACUCGCUGCCUGUACUUCAGCAUCGCAUCUGGAGACAUCUUGUCCAGCGUGGGCAGGUGGACUGCGGUACGCAAGGCAUCUUCAGUGGACAACAUUGCGGAUUGAAAAGCGGGCAAGUUAGGACCUGUCCAAUCUUGGGCAUCGCACACACAAACGAAGUACGAGAAAGAAGACAGGGCAAGCGCUAUAGCCUAACAAUUGAAAGGGUUCAUUCCAAGAAAAAGGUUAUAUACUCAACAUGGAUAAAUUGUAAAAAAUCAUACUCUCAGGAGGGAUAACUGGACGUGAUCUCUUCUUUUGAUCCCUUUCUCAUAUUUUGUUUGUGUGUGCGCUUCCCGAGACUGGAGUACGUAUAUCGCCAGGCAGGCAGCCCAGACUGUGAGCUGCUUGGUGUACCUCCAUCCAACGCGACCAGUGAAUUUCUGGUCUAGCUGGUUCCUGGAGCAGCGAGGUAAACAGCAUCCGCAGCCUCACCUCAUGUCAUGCCACAGGUGCCAGUUGCGAGCAAUGGAGGUGACACAGUGCCUUGCCGGUGGCAUGAACAGUCCGUUGAAGAUGUCUCCGCGCAGCCGACCACACUAGCUGGAAUGUCAGUUGGCGAAGAUGUCCAAACCGGGUGACGUGCUCGCCGGAAGUGGCGACGAUGGCGAGGACGUCCCCAUCGCGGACUUCGGACGAGACUCCCUAGAGCAGGAGCAACUUGGUGCGCGUUCGGCCCCGCAGCCGCUGACCCAGGCUGUAGAGCUCGAGCCCUAACUUCAGGUCUCGAACCUGCGUCAGAGCAGCCACUUUGUCAUCAUGACGACGUAGCCAUUGGCACCAUUGCCCGCAAUUCUUGGCAAACGCGUACCUUGGCGUUUCUUGGCAUUCUUGGAAAACGCGGCCGGCUGUCUUGCUGACUCCCCUGCGGACAUGGAGGCCAGGCCAUAUAGCACGAAGGUGUCUGGCGACCCGCCCUGCCAACCUGGUGGCCUGGUGUCCUGGCGCCCAACCUGUGGACCUACUGACCAACUUGACGGACACAUCCGUGGCUUCUUGUUUACACUACACGAGGACGCAGAGCCAUGCCAAGUUUCUCUUCCUAGCAGACAACCUGCAGUCAAGAGAAAUCCCAAGAAAAGAUGAGCAUGGACUGGGAGAGAUGGAGUGUGAGCCGAAAGUUAAAGAAGGGGAGAAUACCGAAUGCUGAUUUUGCAGACCUGUUGCGGAGCACGCAGGAAGCUGUCUGUCGGGCUGGAGGAAGCAGCUGACGUAUUUGUUGCAAACUGAGAUCUCCGUGACAGGCACAAAGGUAUGGUCCACCUGGCUCCUGGAGCAGCGAGGUGAACAGCAUCCGUCGCCCCAUACGCAUGUCAGGCCACAUGUGACAGUUGCGAGCAACGUAGACGACAUAGUGCUCCAGCCUUACCUGUGGUAUGAACAGUCUCCGCGCAGCCGGCUACUCGACCUUGGACGUCGGUUGGCAGUGAUGUCCAGCAGGGUGCAACCUUGUUCUGCAUAUUGAAAGCAGCGUUCUCACCGUAAGCGGCUAUGAUGGCCAAAAUCUACCCACCACGGACUUGGAACGACAAUUCCUCGAUCGGGAGCACCUUGCGGCCAGACUGUCGAACAGCCGUUCACCAGGCUGGAGAGGUUCAGCUGGAACGCCAGGUUUCGAACCUGCAUCAGAGGGUCCGCAUGUAUCGUCACGACAACGAGGCACUCGAUACCAUUGCUUAAAA